UGCAUGUGUUCAUUAGUUAUGAUGCUUUGGUGACAGUUGUCUUUUAUGUCCUCAGAGGGGAAGACUCCUUCGGUGGAGAGUAAGAAUGGAAAGAGGACGGAGAGAGGAGCAGGAGGAGACGCAGCAGCAGCAGCAGGAGGAGGAGGUUCAAAGUACUCCAUGUUUACCUGGAUCGUGGUCCUGGCUCUGCUGGGAGUCUGGAGCUCCGUAGCUGUGGUCUACUUCGACAUCGUGGACUACGACAGCGUCAUCGGCAAACUGACGGCCUACGACACCGACGGAGACGGAGACUUUGACGUGGAGGACGCUAAAGUUCUGCUCGAUGAAAAGAAGUUAAAAGCUCCUGCUCUCAGGAGAGACAGGCUGAGAAAAGAGGACAGGAAAGAGGUGAAGAAGAAACGGAAAAACUCCACCUUAAAUCCAAACCUCAGACCGUCCCGUCAGAGGCGCCACGCUGCGCUCCGCUCUCAGGUACGAGCUCUCAGGAUGAUCCACGAGAAGAUGGAGGCCAAGAGGAUCGCUCGCAUCGCCGUGGCUGAGAUCAGGGCCUUCCUCGCCGAAGAAGAGGAGGAGAAGGAGAAGGCCUGGGAGCUGAAGAUGAAGACGCUGGAGGUCGCACAGGAGCAGCUGAGGGCGGAGAAGGAGAAGGCGGAGAAGGAGAGGAUGGAAAGAGAGAAAGCGGAGAAGGAAAGGAUGGAGAGGGAAGCAAGGGAGAAAGAGAGGCUGGCUCGAGAGAGGGCAGAGAGGGAAAGACAAGAGACGGAGAGACUGGCCAAAGAAAAGGCGGCCGAGGAAGAGAGGAAACGACUUGAGCGAGAGAAGGCGGAGAUGGAAAAACAGAGAGAGAGAGGCUUGAAAGAGAGAGAGCUGAAAAGGAGAGGAUGGAGAGGGAGCGCAUCGAAAGAGAAAGAGAAAAAAUAGCCCAAGAGAGGGAACAGUUGGAGAAGGAGAGACGUGAGAAUGAAAGGAUGGCCAAAGAGAUAGAGGAAAAAGAAAGACUGGAGAGGGAACGCAU